AUGUCCACCGCGCGCGACGGCUCGAACGUGUCCACGAGUGCGCCCGAAGACGGGUCCUCCACCUCCGACCGCGCCUCCGCGUCGUCGUCCGAGGACGAGGGCGCGGAUGGAUACAAGCGAGGCGGCUACCACCCCGUGCAACUGGGCGAACGCUACGGCGACGAUCGCUACGUCGUUCGGCGUAAGCUCGGGUGGGGACACUUCUCCACGUGUUGGCUCGUCGAAGACGUCGGGUCGGGACGUGAGAUGAACGGAAAGGUGACGUACAGGGCGCUGAAGAUUCAGAAGUCGAGCGGGAGUUACACCGAGGCGGCGAAGGAUGAGAUCGAAAUCUUGACCCAGUGUAAAGAUCAAGCGGCGAGCGCCGAGGAAAGAGAGCUGGGGAGUGAUAACGUAGUGAGAUUACACGAUCACUUCACCCAUCAAGGGCCGAAUGGGACGCACGUGUGCAUGGUGUUCGACGUGUUGGGGGAUAACUUGUUGACGCUGAUCAAGCGAUACGAGUACUUAGGGGUGCCUCUGUUAGGGGUGAAGGCGCUGACGCGGGCGAUGCUUCGCGGAUUAAGGUACUUGCACGAUGUGAAGAACAUAAUUCACACCGAUCUGAAGCCGGAGAACGUGUUGUUGACCCUGGCGCUCCCGGAGAAGAAGCGAGGACGAAAGUCCAAGAAUAAAGUUGUCGACCCGCGGAAGGACGUCAAGGCGGGGACGCCGACGUUGGUGGAUCAAAUCGAACGCCUAGACGUGGCGUCAUCGAAGCGCGAGUCCGGGCAGGUUGAGAACGACACGUCAAAGGAGACAAACUCAGAGGACGACAUUGAUUGCGUCGAUUUGCUGCCAUACAGCUUGCUCAAGCGUCUGGACGCGAAAAUUUGCGACUUAGGAAACGCGUGUUGGGUUGACCGUCAGUUCACGCAGGACAUUCAGACGAGGCAGUAUCGAGCUCCGGAAGUUAUUCUCGGCGCGAAGUACGACACGAGUGCCGACAUUUGGAGUCUCGCGUGCAUCGUGUUCGAGCUCGCCACGGGGGACGUGUUGUUCGAUCCACGAAGUGGAAAAGAUUACGAUCGCGACGAGGAUCAUUUGGCACUCAUGAUGGAGCUCGUCGGUCGCAUGCCUAAGCACCUCGCGUUGUCCGGCAAGUACAGUAAAGAGUUCUUCAACCGAAGCGGCGAGCUUCGACACAUUCGUUCACUCAAGUUUUGGCCGUGCGAGCGCGUGCUUAUAGAAAAGUACAAUAUGCCCGAGAAGGAUGCUAAGGAUUUGAGCGAUUUUUUGGUGCCGAUGCUAGACUUCAACCCAUCGAAACGUGCGACUGCCGAAAAAAUGUUAGAGCACCGAUGGCUGCAAUUUUAA